AUUAUAUCUUAUUGAUGAUAAGAAUUUGUAGUUUAAUAUUUGUUUUUCCAUCAUAUUGCAAGUGUUCAUUUGUCAAAAAGUUUAAAAUCGGGUACUCUCAAAAAAUUUGCGAGGAUCACUUAGUGAUAUAUUGAUUAUCUUAUUGAUAAAGUAUCCUAAGUAAAAUGGCUAGAGGACAGCAAAAAGUUCAAUCACAAGCUAAAGCCGCAGAAAAGCAGGCUAAAUUAAAAAAACAGCAAGGACAUAGUGCAACUGAACAAAAAAAGGCCGCUCAAAAAGCGUUAAUUCAUGUUUGUACAGUAUGUAAAGCUCAAAUGCCAGAUCCUAAAACAUACAAGCAACAUUUUGAAAACAAACAUCCCAAAAAUGAUAUGCCAGAAGAAUUAAAAGCUAUAUAAUAAAUAAUCAUCUCAUGGCCUUAUGUUAAUGUACAUUUUUUAAGUAAACUAUUUUCAAUAAAUUUAAUAUUUUACAUUUUUAUGAAGAAUUAUGUAUACUUUUACACUGUUUAAUUAUAAUGAAUCUUUCACAUUA